CUAAACUCAAAAAGGGGUUUUUCUUUGCAGAAUUUAAUCCAGCAGUCAUGAACAACGCGUCCGCCGCCGCCCAAUGGAUGAUCAUCCGUGACAACUCCUGCUUCUUGAAGAAGGGAAAUGGCUUGACCUUCAGCUGUGAGCCCAACAACCUGAAGAACAGAAACACCUUCAAGUUCAAUGGACUGAUCCACAGGAAGACCGUUGGAGUUGAGGCUGGCAAGGAUGGCAAAGGUGUCGUGUUGGUCACCAAAAAGUUCCGGGGAGUUACCAACAAGCCCGCCAAGCAGUACAAUCGCAUUGAACUGAAGAAGGACGCCCGGCGCACCCUGACCUCCAUCCGUCACGUCCUCAAGAAGAACAAUUACCGUCGGGACAUCAAGAACGCUGCCCUGCGACGUGCCAGCGCCAUCCUCCGCAGUCAGAAGCCGGUGAUGCCGCUCAGGAAGAAACGCGCCCCACGCAACAAGCGUCACUAGAGUGGGCUUGGGAGCAGGGUACCCCGAGGUACAAACCCGACAGACCAAAUUCAAUCACAACGCUUCAGUGCAGGAACAACUAAUAAUACCUGUGGAUCUCGUAGGAGACAUUUGGAAAAAAAAAAUGUAGUUCAUUCAUUACAGCUUGUUGUAAUUCCAAUUGGAGUGAUCGAAGCCAAGAGGUGUCAAAUAAAAUCACACUGUAUGUAAACAGA